GGAUCGGGAUGAUGCUGAACUUUGCUUUAGCAAAAUUUUAGUCAGUGAGCUUCCCACAGCAAUUACAUGCCAGGUAUCAAGCACGCAAGCAUUUCAUUAUCAAGAUUUUGAUAUUGAAUAGAACUUUGAAAAUAGAAGUUACGAAUAAAGGAGCAAUAAAAAAAAAAAUUAUACCUUCAUAAGUCUCCUAUGGAGUCGUUUUAAUCCCAAGUUGCACAUCCAUUGAAGUAAUUUACCUGAAAGUCAAAGAUUAGAGCGUGCUACCUGUCUCUUUUUCAUUUGAAGAUAUUAUAAAAUAUAUAACCUCCCUUAGAUGCAGAGUUUUAACUUCUAGAAGAGCUAUUGAGAGGGAUUUUGAAUAUCAUACAAAGAACUCCAAAUAUCCUUGAGUAUACUUUUCCAAUAAAGGCGAUUUUGUAAAGCAUAUAAAUAAUUUUUAUCUCAUUUCUAAAUAAGAAAGAGACAGUAUACUUGGCUUUCGCAAACUAUGAUUUCCACGAUAAGGUUCUUUCGUGUACCUUUUCGCACUGGACAACAAAUCCAUCUUCAGUCACUCAAGUCAAUCCAAAAGAGAAACAAAUUUCUUAUAAAUAUCCAUAGCUGCAGUGGCCAACCUUGGACGUCUCGCCAAUUUGGAUUGAACGCGAUAUUACAAGGACCAAAGACAAAAAAGCCAUAUCAAUUGGAAAAGAUAAAUGAAGAAGACAUUGAAGAACUCUUUGUUCGCGGGAGUGGGCCAGGAGGACAAAAAAUAAAUAAAACAAGUAUAGUUUCACAACUAAAACAUCUACCUACCGGUAUCACUGUCCGGUGUCAAGAAACACGUUCGAGAGAACAGAAUCGAAAAAUAGCAAGGAAACGAUUAGCGGAAAAAGUUGACGAGUUUAGACAUGGAGAAAACAGUUUGUUGUCGUUAAGGGCACAAAAAGUUAUCCAGAAAAAACGGAAUCGUCAGAAAAAAAGCCGAAGAAAAUACGGCCGCCAGACUGAGGGACAGCAGAGUGAUCAGUCUCUUCGGGAAUGCACAGACGAAGAACAGUGAGAUAAUGAAAGGUGAAAGCUUGUUUAGUCGUACAGAAAGAAUUACGUGAUGGGACUGCAUACACUAGGGAGAAAUGAUUACUUUGGAAAUCCUUCUUUCAUGGACUUUAAGCAUCAAGAUCAAGCACCACGGAUACGACGAGCAAGCUGCAUAUCGCGUUGCAUAAUUGUCACACGCUUGGCGUGAAUAGCACAAAGAUUCGUAUCUUCGAACAAAUGGACAAGAAAAGCUUCUGCAGCUUCUUGAAGACAUUGUAAAGCUGUUGAUUGCCAGCGAAGGCCGACAUCUGUAGAAAAGUUGGCAACAAAUUCGGAUGAAAUUUCACGAACGAUUCGGGAAAACGGAAGACGUUGGAUGAGCAGAUCCGUUGUUCUCUGAUACUUUCGAAUUUCUCGGAGUGCCAUUGUCCCCGGACGAUAUCUUUUUCGACGCGGAUGAGGAAUUGGGUCUCCUGGUUCAGCCAUCAACGAUUUUUUAGCCAUUUCUGUUAAUAUUUGAUGUUUUUCUACAAAAAAAUAAAUAUGAGUGUAAGACCUCCGAGAACUGUGAAGAUUUCAGUAGAAAACAAAGCUUUCGCGUCGCGUUUCUUUUCGCGACUGGUUUUAAUAGAACAGGCACUUGUUGAAGUCUUUGAACAACUGCAAACUCAAUAAAUACUUUCUUUCACUAAAAUCCA